CGGAGACUUCGCUGACGAGGGAAGCGUAGAGGAAGACGACGGAGCGAAGGAGAGUCUGCGCCCCGGACCUCGGACCUCCGGACCGCCGCAGCCCCGCGCCCCGUUUUUGUUUUGUGCGCUUCGAGAAACGUCGUCAACCCGAAUGAUGACUUUUACGGCCCUCGGCGAGCAAAGAUGCAAUGGCGGUCGAUAGUAGUGGGUCUCCUGGUGCUGCGCUUGGCCCUCAACUGCGUCCUGUGGCUUGCCUUCGGACUGGGACCCAGCUGGGGCUUCAACUUCCCGAUCCAGUUCAGCUUCAGCUUACCCCGAGCAGAGCCUGAGCCCGGGCCCGGCCAUGGAGGCGCGGCGGCGGCGGCGGCGGCGGUGCGCCAGGCCGGCUGGUCGCGGCGGCUGUACGAGCGCGGAGGGACGACCUGCUCGAAGAUCAGCGCCAACACGCCGAAGAGGUCCUACCUCAGCUUCUUCGAGGAGGGCAGAGACGAGUACGACCGGCGGUUCGGCUCCUUCCCGGACGCGCUGCGGGUCAGGAUGAGGAGCAUGGCCAAAGACAUGUUCUACUUCGGCUACGACAACUACAUGAAAUACGCCUUCCCCGAGGACGAGCUCAACCCCAUCGCCUGCGAGGGCCGAGGGCCAGACGUGCUCGACCCGUCAAACAUCAACAUCAACGACGUGCUGGGAAACUACUCGCUGACACUUAUUGACACUCUUGAUACUCUUUUGGUGCUUGGGAACGUGUCAGAGUUUCAUCGGGCUGUGAAGCUGGUGAUUGACACCGUCUCCUUUGACAAGGAUUCAACCGUACAAGUGUUUGAGGCCAACAUCAGGAUCCUAGGCAGUCUAAUCUCUGCACAUAUUCUGCUGACUGAUCCUCGGCACCCCUUUGGAGACAUAGAGCUGGAAAAUUAUGAUAACGAGCUGCUGCAUCUGGCUCAUGACCUGGCCGUCCGGCUGCUGCCUGCCUUUGAGAACACCGGCACCGGCAUCCCGUACCCCAGGGUGAAUCUGAAGAGUGGCGUGCCCCCGGACAGCAUCAAUGAGACCUGUACAGCAGGGGCUGGCUCUCUGCUGGUGGAAUUCGGCAUCCUGAGCCGUCUGAUUGGAGACUCUACGUUUGAAUGGGUGGCCAGGAGGGCUGUCCGAGCUCUCUGGAACCUAAGGAGCAACGAGACAGGGCUGCUGGGGAAUGUGGUGAACAUCCAGACGGGCCAGUGGGUGGGGAAGCAGAGUGGUCUGGGCGCUGGGAUGGACUCUUUCUACGAGUACCUGCUGAAGUCCUACAUCCUUUUUGGAGAGAAAGAGGACUACAGAAUGUUUAAGGCUGCUUACAAGAGCAUCCAGAGCCACAUGAGGAGAGGGAGGGAGGCUUGUAAUGAAGGGGAAGGGGACCCUCCUCUCUAUGUAAAUGUCAACAUGUUUAACGGGCAGAUCAUGAACACUUGGAUUGAUUCUCUUCAGGCAUUCUUUCCUGGCCUGCAGGUUUUAAAUGGAGAUGUGGAGAACGCAAUUUGCCUGCAUGCCUUCUACUAUGCAAUCUGGAGGCGCUUUGGGGCGCUGCCAGAAAGGUACAACUGGCAGCUGCAGGCCCCCGACGUGCUCUUUUACCCUUUAAGACCGGAGCUGGUGGAGUCCACAUACCUGCUCUACCAGGCCACCAAGAAUCCCUUCUAUCUUCAUGUUGGCAUGGAUAUCCUUCAGAGCCUUGAAAAGAAUACCAAAGUCAAAUGUGGCUAUGCCACCCUCCAUCAUGUGGUGGACAAGUCCAAAGAGGACCGCAUGGAGAGUUUCUUCCUCAGUGAGACCUGCAAAUACCUUUACCUGCUCUUUGACGAAGACAACCCACUACACCAGUCCGGGAGUAGGUACAUUUUCACCACGGAGGGCCAUGUGGUGCCCAUAGACCCACGCUUUAGGGAGAAAAGCUGGGAGGAGCAGUUCCCAUAUGAGGAGCCCACCAAGGAACCUCCAGCCAACAUCAGCAAUUGUGAGCGCAUCCCUGAGGAGCGACGCUAUGCUCUGCCUCUGAAGAGCAUGUACAUGAGACAGAUUGACCACAUGGUGGGCCUUUCCUGACCUCAGCGCUGCCUCCUGUAGGCUCAGAUGCCUCAACACUAAAGCCCCUGGAGGGGCUUGGAUGGAUCACCAGACGUUGUUCUUUCUUCUUUUUGUUAUCGUUUAUUUUGCACAAGGAGCUGCGUCCUUAAGUGAACCUCACAAUUAGGACACGUUUAACGAAGCACUGGUGUGGCCUCUUUCCAGGGGUGAUGGGUUGGUCUGGUUGUUUGGCAUCGGUGCAUUCAGGGCCGGUUUGUGUUACAGGCAGAACGUUCGAGGGAGUAGGUGCUAGCGAUGCUGCGCUGAACCUGUUGCUUUCAUUCACUGUCAGUCACUUCAGCAUUUACCAGUAAAGGCAUCCUUUUGAAGGGGAAUUCCACCGAUGUUUCCAGAAUUUCUGCAUAGCUCAGUUACUGAGACGUAAACAAAGUCAUUCAGAGUGGUUUGACGAGAAACUGUUCGCUGUAGAGAAGCUUAGUGGUCAGAGUGGUUCGUGGCGGUGGGGAUGGGAACCAGAAGCUGUGAAUGCCUCUUAAAGCCUUCUCAUGUAAAGAAGCCUGUGAGAACUUUUACUGGCAUUAAACACUUUAGACCGCAGGUUCCCGUCACCAGCACCGUGAGCGAUCGUGACUUGCUGAGAUGUUUUCCAUAUUAUUGGUAUGAAAUCUUUGUUUUAUACUUUAAAAGUGUUUCAGUGCCGUUUUUUUGGAAUUCACACAAAGGGCUGUGUAUAAAUGUAUUGAGAUGGCAUGUGCUGCUCCUUCCUAAGGAGCUAACUCUAGCCUGAGCUUCCUCUUCACGUUUGUACCGUCUGCCUACCAGGAUCAUGGACUUUUGGCGGUGAAUCAGACUGUUUACAGUACAUUAAUUCUCUUGGCAAUACUUCCUCUUUCAGUGUUGGCUCAAUUUUUUAUCUUAUGUCGUAGCGCCGUGCCCAGUCCGGACGAAAUUCCAGCAUGCUUCCGUCUCCCUGCAGUCGAGCAAGGGUGCAGCUUUAAACAUAGCACUCCAAAUGUCCCGUUUUUGUCCCUAAGAGACUUAUCCCUGUUCCCGGAAGAAAAACCUUAUGUCUCCAAAAUGGGAACUUUACAGGAGAGGGGAAAAAACCUGCUUUACUUACAAUGUAAGUCAAUGGAACCAGAGUUUUACCCCCUCCCCAAGUCGUUUCUGGCCGUUUCUUUUGGUCCAUUCUUCAUGAAAUUUCUACACAAUGUCGAGGAAAACAGAUUUUCAGAUAAUGACAACAACUAAAAACGACAUGGAGAUACAAGGCUUUGUCACGACAGCAGCGAUAUGAAAGAGUCUAAGCAGAUUCCAGAAGUGUAGAACUCUAGGAUGAUGCAAGUGGCAUCGUGUUAAAGUGUUUCAUUUGUAGGUGCUCCUAUUAAAGGGGAAUUACACAACAUUUCCAAAAUUUGUAAUUGUGUAAAUGUAAUUGUACGUUGCUGAGAUGUAAACAGUCACUGAGAGAGAUUCGAUGAACGGUUUGUUGUAGAGAGAGUUACUGACUCCCAUCUCUUUACAGAUAGUGGUGAUAGGAACCAGAGGUUGCGGUGUGUACAGUGCAGACACACUCGUGUGUGAAUGUUGUUGGUGGAAAAUUUGGUGGUAAAUCUGUGAAAAUGUUUGCUUUGGGGACCAUUUUGUAUAAGAACUCCCUGCAUGUGCCUCUCCACCAUGAUCGGAUUUAAAAACACAUUUUAGGCCAAAACUUUGUCUCAAAUCUAUCACAAAACAUCAGACGCCACAUUUUUAACAAGUUUAUAUUAUAACUUCAUAUGAUUCAGAAACUCUUCAGACGUCUGGUUCCUAUCGCCACCACUGGGAACAAUUCUGACACGACACGUUUCUCAAACAGAGCAUUUCACCCCAAACCACUCGGAAUGACUUUUUAUUCCUUUUAAUGAUUGAAUUAUGCUGUAAUUUGCAAAGAUCAGCGCAAUUCCCCUUUAAUGGUUCUGGAGUGGCUGCAUUCGAGGGGCCAUGUAGGAUUUAAAUACUCAUCACUUUUUUUAUUUUUAUUUUAAUUCUGUGCCUUAUACACAUCUACAGGUUUCUGGCUAGUCCUCAGGAUCGACUACACAAGGGUUUUUGAGCAUUAAGUCUGUGAGGUUCAAACCGAUGUGUGAUUUAUGAACAAAGCCAUAAAAAGGGAUCGUAGUAUUCACGAGGGGCUGUCGAUCAAAGUUAGUGUAGAGGAUUCCACCUCUCCAGACUGUCCUUUAUCUUGAAUAUUCAGUAAGUCGUCUGCCGUUGGGGGUAAUAUUUAUCCGUGGUUGGUUUUGUGCAAUUUGGGUGGUUGAUUCUCACUUGUUGAUUUCAUUGUAAUGAUUCCAGGGCUGUCAUAUAAAACAGUGUUGAAGGAUUAUACUUGCGAAGCUGCAAGUCUGAUUGAGGAAACAUGCUUUCUUUCGCUUGCACAUCUGAGGGUUUCUUGAAAUUGUCAUGUAAACUUGUGUUAAAGGAAUGGUUUGACUGGAAAUUACAUUGGCAUGUUUUCCACUUGUUCAGAUCAGCCAAAGCUUGUUUGGUGUCCGGAUUUUGCUUGUUCCAUUUAUCAGUGGUGCUAUGGGGCUAAUACUUGUAACAAACACUAGAAGUCAAUAGUCACCCAAAUCCCCUCCCCCUCCCCCCAUUCAUGCUUAAAACACCUCCCAGCUCACAACAAACGCAUCCAUGUCAUAAGGUCAUGCAUUCCUGUCGAUGUGGUUUAGGACACUGCAUGGCUAAAGUGAUGACGCUUUGUUUAUGUUUAUAGUUCACAGCAGGAUUAGACCGAUUAUAUAAUAUACGCAAUGGCCACUCAGGCCAAUAUCCCAGUGAAUCUUCUGACCGAAAUUGUGGAUUUGUGGUCACAAUAAUAGAAAAAUGUUUAUUAUAUAAGCAUUAUGCAUUAAAAAGCAUGCAUUAAUACCAAAAACACUCAGAUUGCUUUGAAAGACAAAAUAUUUAUUAAAAACUUUACAUUAAUAUGUUGCUGACAUGCGACCCAGUAACACCAGGUUGUUUAACAGCUUAUUUUAAACAGUCAAACUUCAACCGAACGAACAGCGUCUAAGAUCUAAGGCUGUGUUCACGUUACCAGGUUAAAGUGUCACAAAUCUGAUUUUUGCCCUGAUGUGAUUCAGAUCUGGUGUUUCCAGGGAUGUGUGGACGCGUAACUCCAAAAUCAGACCUCAGCCACUUUCGUAUGUGGUCCUAGAUCGGGUACGUAUCUGACCACGUGGGUCAUUAUUCAGCGUUACCAUGGCGACAGCACUGAGCAGACAUUAAAGCCUGUGACCGGGGGAAAAGCAGCUCAUCCCACCUUUUUCUCCUCCGUCUGGCUCUAAUAACGAAGCUGAGAGCUGAUCAGAGUUAAUGAUCUUCUCAGCGAAGCUCGUUCUGCUCGUUAGUUUGUGCUGAUGGUGCAGUGAUUCAGUCACGUGACGUCACUGAGUAGGAGGAGCUCAUGAGGGUCAGUUGAGGGUCAUGAGGGUCAAAUAUCUGAUUUGACGCACUUCGUUCCAUGUCCAACCAAACUUGGCUUGUUAGAAGGGAAAAAGAGCACAAACAACAUCCAAGGCAAGUGGCUGCUCUGGACACAGGCUCUGCAUGUUUAGUGACCAAAAUGUGAAAUGAUGUGGCCAAGUGCACUAGCCAGUGUCUACCCAUAAUUCACAGCAUCAUUGUGUCAUAAACCACACUGAGAAGUUUGUGCGACCCUAAGACCCUGAAUGCAGGUUGAGACAUUGGGGAUCCAUUUAUGGAAAAGAUUUCGUGACUAUUGACGUAUCCAGAAUUGGCUUCUUGCUACCAAACAUGACUUGGCAGACCGACUGCAACUAGCAGGAGUGGGAAAUUGUGGAAAUGGUGUAGUUUUUCCAUCCAGCACACUUUCAUUAAUAGCAGCAGUUCUUCAUUUAAAAGCAGGACCAGGUUUAUAUUCGCACACGGCUGCUAAGCUGCAGUUGCAUUGUUGGUUUAAAUAUAGGACCUUACAAUCUGCCUUAAUUAGCGUGGGAACACAGUGUAAUGCGAGAUCCAUUACAUGAACAGGUUCUGAACUUUGUUGGCUCUGAUGGUUUAUUACAAUAGACAAAUGGCAAAAUUGGAAAUGUAAAGAGAGGAUAUUGAACUUCAGAGAGCGUCGGAGAGGAGACUCAGGGAUAAUCUUAGAUAAUCUUCUUCCUUACAGGCCUGAUUAUACACAGUAGUGGCCGAAGCUGUAAUAAAUGAAAGGCUCCAACACACUUUAUCUUUGCAUGCCGAAGAAUAAUUCUCUGAUGAAGAGCUAUUGUGCCACAAAUAUUUGGGGAUCAAACUAAUCUGUGACCUGACGUAUUUUAUGAUUACUCAAAAAUAAACUCAGUUUGUUUCUA